AUGACAUCCGAUGGCCCAGGCGACGGGCCUCCAGCUUCCAGCCUGGCGCUGAACACCCGCGAAGAUGGACCCUACGUUCUGAGGACCUUACUUGAUGAGGUACCGCUCUCCGCGGAUGGCUCCCAGGACGACAUCAAGAUUAACUGCGUCGACUACCUAGACUCGAACUUGUACGUCGGCACAUCGGCCUCGGAACUGCUUCACUUCGUCCAGAUUCCUCCCGACCCCAAAGACAAGUCCGGACAACCCAUAUACAUCCUAGCCUCCCGAUUAUGCCCCCAAUAUGUGGAAACUCCAGGUACACCAGCCUCGCGACCCGGUGUUCAGCAGAUCUUGUUGUUGCCGCGCGUCGGCAAGGCAUGCAUCCUAUGCAACUGGACCGUCACCUUCUACUCCCUCCCCGAGUUGAGCCCCGUUUUUGGAUCGACGUUGGUUAAGAACUGUAGCUGGAUUGGUGGUAUCGACUUGAACGAACCUUUGCUUGAUGAUGGAAGCUCGGAAAGGAGCUCGGGAGUCACCAUCCUCCUCUCUCUUAUGCGGAAGAUCCAGGUCGUUCGCGUUGGCGAAGACGCUCGUGCUUUCAAGAAAAUUGACUUCUCGGGAAGCACUCUAUCAGUGCGCCGAGACUCGAUCGCAUGUGUGGCAGACUCCAAAUCUUAUGCGCUCAUUGACGUGGAGCAACAACUCAAGAUCCCCUUGAUGAGUAUCUCGUCGCUCGAAGAGACGACCCCACCCAAUGAGAUCGGACAUGCCCAGAGCAUUGCCGCAGAUACAUCAAGUGGGAUCCUUCGUAGCUCUUCUGCCGCCAGUCGCCCAUCAUCAGAGGCGCCAGGUCAUAGUCGGAGCACGAGUUUGGGAGGCUCAAUUCUGGGAAGCAUACGCCGGCAAGAUCAACACGGCAGUGAGAGUGAGGAUCCAAUUGCUCGCAAUGCUUCACCGCAGCCAUCGACGAGUCCUAGACCCCCCAUUGAAAGGAUGUCUUCGCCAAACUUUCCAUCACUAGAUAAACCCUUGCCUGCUGCGCCUUCGCCUUCCGGCACUCCUGUCCCGCAAGCAGACCCGAGACCCAAACCUGGCUCAGUCUUCUUGAAGCCUCAUAUCACCUCUCCGACCCCAGAUGAGUUUCUCAUUGUCACCGGAACUAGUCCUCUGGAACCUGGAAUUGGCAUGUUUGUCAAUCUUGAUGGCGACCCUACUCGCCCAACACUCGAGUUCGCUAGAUACCCGAGAGAAAUUGUCGUUGAUAGCCCGUCAACAGACUUGACCUCGUCACAGUCAGGCCUGCCGCAACAAGAAGAAGGCUAUGUUCUGGCCUCAAUGACUAAAGAACAGGACGACGGUCUGUAUCAUGGACUUGAAAUCCAGCGACUUGAUGCGGGCUCAGUGACAUAUCCACAGAAGCAUUGGCUCACAGCCACCCAAGCCGGUCACGAUGCGGUAUAUGGCAUUCGUUCGCUAGCUGGCAGCGAAGAGACACGGUUUGAAGAGAUCGUAGACAGGUUAUGUCAGAGGAGAUACACUCCUUUCUCUGUCUCCCCGUCAACCCCUGACCCAGCUUCAGCCUCUAUCAAGUCUGUGGACUCGAGAACAGCAUUAUCGAUAGAACAACUGUCCAAAGAGAAGGAGCUUUUCGAAAGAAAUAUCGACUCUCAAGAUGAAGAAUCACUGCCAGAAGAGUGGGAAGCAAACCGCAACUCAGAAGGAGAAGAGUUUACCCGGCAACUCGCGAAAGCUGAAGCAAGAAUAGCAGUCUGGAGCGGGAGUCGAAUUUGGUGGGCAAUCCGCAACCCUCUGCUCAUUCAACUUGAUGCUGCUCUGGAGGCAGCAUGCCCAGGAAAGGUUCUAAGCCCAUGUGACUUGGAUAAGCGAGCUAUUUUCGUUGCUCUCAAUCAGAUCCGGGGACAGGAAGCCCGGACUGAAUUGGAGUUUCUGACUCUGGGAUAUAUACGACAAAAGGCCGGGAUCCUGCUUCUAGUGAACAUGCUCAAGUCUCCUGAUGACAAGAAGUUUACAGAGUCAGAGAUCAAGGCGCUCGAGGAGGUCCUGGUCGAGAGCAGCCUUGAUCCCAGAGUGGUAUUAUCACUGAUCCCCAGCAUCCGGAACGAAAUCGUCGAAGGCCAGCGUGGAAUCUGGAUCUGCGGCGGAGUGAGAAAGACAGCGGAUGCCUACCUACGAAGCAGAGAUUUCGAGAUGACAGCUAAGGACAGCAUUGGAACUCUAGAACCUAUGACGAUGCACUUUCUCCGACGAUACCUCGGUACGUGGCGAAAACGAAAGGGAUUUGGUAGUGUUGCGGAUGAGCGAGAGGUGUUUCACACAGUUGACGCUGCCUUGCUACUCGUUCUGCUCGAGAUAGAUCAACAUUCUCCCAAGGGACUGGGCAAAGGCGGCGUUGUCCGUUCAGAGCUGUACGAAGUCGUGGACAAGGGCGUCGACUGCUUCGACCGUGCCGUGGGCCUGCUUGAGUCCUACCGCCGCCUGUUCGUCCUCAGUCGACUGUACCAGAGCCGCAAGAUGUCUAGCGAUGUACUCGCUACAUGGAGGCGAAUCAUCGAAGGGGAGGCAGACGUUGGCCAGGAACUCCGCGACGGCGAGCAACGAGUUCGUGAAUAUCUUACCAAGAUCAGCAGCCAGGCUCUCGUCCAAGAGUAUGGUGUAUGGCUGGCCAACCGCAACCCGAAGCUCGGCGUUCAGGUCUUUACGGAGGACAAGGGGCGAGCACCCAAGUUUGAGCCGGCACAAGUGGUUGAGAUUCUGCGAGAAGAAGCGCCAGAAGCAGUCAAGUACUACCUUGAACAUUUGGUAUUUGGCAAGGGGCAUACCACCUAUAUCAACGACCUCAUGGCCUACUACCUCGACGUUGUCGUGAUGGACCUUGAGUCGUCGUCUGUCAGCCGGGACAUCGUGAGAGCAACGUACGCGGCAUACCGGGCUCUCCAAGCCCCGAAGCCUUCGUACAGCCACUUCCUUCGGGAUAAUGCCCCGGACGACAAUGAGGUUUGGCAUAGCCGUCUGCGGCUGCUACAACUUUUGGGAGAAGCACAUGACUAUGAUGCUGCGGCAAUCAGAGAUCGCAUCUCUAGUCUACCGGAUGAUCUGCUUGUUCCCGAGACUAUCAUCCUUGCUGGCCGCGAACAGAAACAUGACGACGCUCUCCGUCUCUUGAUCCACAACCUUGGCGAUUACGACACAGCCGUCUCGUACUGCCUCCGAGGCGGAGCCAAAACCUCGGGUGUCGCCCCUGCUGAGCGACCCUCAAUCGAGGAGCAACACCGCCUCUUUCACGUUGUACUACGCGAGUUCCUCGCGAUAGAAGAUGCCAGCGACCGUGUAGAACAGACGGGUGCUCUGCUGGAACGCUUCGGUGGGUGGUUCGAGAUCGACGAGGUCCUGGGACUCAUCCCGGACGACUGGUCGGUCGACAUCGUCGCAGGCUUCCUUGUUGGAGCACUCAAGCGUCUUGUCGGCGAGCGACGCGAGACUAUGCUUACAAGAGCGCUCAGCGGGGCAGAGAACUUGAGAGUUAAUUAUGAUCUUGUGGUCAAGAUAGAGGAAAAGGGACCAAGUGUUGAGGCGCCCAAUUGACGAGCCAAUUGCAGAGAUGGGCAGCCAUUUUAAUAUAGAUGAUGUGAUGUGAUGGGUGGAAGAGAAGGAUUUCUUGGCGGAUUUGUGUACAGUCGAGGUAUAUUCAACCCAUUCAACGGCCAUAUGCUGUCCAGCUAUGAUGUUUGCUUUGAUCUUUUACGAUACAUUGACGGGUCAUGUUCAGGUCUAGCUACAAUCCUACACCGUCUUUCUACCUUU